AUGGCCACGCCCCUUUUCGUCCCGCCCCCCGCCAUUACUGCACCUCUUAUCACUGUACCUCUUAUCACUGUACCUCUUAUCACCGUACCUCUUAUCACUGUACCUCUUAUCACUGCACCUCUUAUCACUGUACCUCUUAUCACUGUACCUCUUAUCACUGCACCUCUUAUCACUGUACCUCUUAUCACUGCACCUCUUAUCACUGCACCUCUUAUCACUGUACCUCUUAUCACUGCACCUCUUAUCACUGUACCUCUUAUCACUGUACCUCUUAUCACUGUACCUCUUGGUACCGCAUUUAUUGUAUUUUGUUACUUACCUUUUCACUGUACCUCUUGGUACCUUUGGUACCGUACCUCUUGGUACCGUACUUAUCACCGUUGUGUACCGUAUCUUUAUUACUGUACCUUGGUACCGUACUUUGUUACCGUACUUUUAUCACUGUAUCUUGGUACCGUACUUCCUAUCACCGUUUUAACAAAGGAUAUGGUACCAAAGGCGCGGUAA